AUGAGCAGCUAUGGCUGCAGCAAGGAAGAGGGCGACCUGGCGGCUCUCCUGGCUGGGGUGGAGCUUCUGGAGAGCACCCUGCAGAGGGCAGUGUGCAUGGCCUCAGCUGGUGGCAGGCCCAGCUCAGGGAGGCAGCAGGGUGGCCCCGUGGGUGUGCACAAUGCCCCUGCGGGGAGAUGGCCUUGGCAGGUCAGCGUCCGAAGGUACAAUAAGGAGCUGGAGCUGUGGCAGCACCUCUGUGGGGGCUCCCUCAUCCACCACCAGUGGGUGCUGACCGCAGCCCACUGCACCCAGCGGGAGGACUGGGGGGCCUAUGGCCUCAGGGUUCAAGUUGGGCAGCUGAGACUCUAUGACCAUGACACACUGACAACUGUGACUAAGAUCGUCCGCCACCCCAAGUUCAACCAGAGCCUGUCUGCAGAGGGGGGCGCGGACGUGGCCCUGCUGACACUGGAGGCCCCUGUGUUUUCUUGUGCUCCGCGGCUCUGGCCCUACCAGUUGCAGGUGGUGAUGGUUCCCAUGGUGGGGAACAGGGUCUGUAACCAGCGCUACCAUAAUUCUUCCACCAACACUGGCCAGAUCAUCAAGGAUGACAUGCUGUGGGCUGGGAGUGAGGACCAGGACUCCUGCCAGGGUGACUCCGGGAGCACCCUGGUGUACAGGUGGGCAGGCACCUGGGUCCAG